AUGAGCUUCGGCGCCCAGACUCAGGCCCGGGCACGGGAGCAGGGACACAUGGCCGCGUCCUGCGACGGCCUGGGCGCCUGCCCGGUCAGGGCCACAGAGCACCCCGCGGGCUCCGCUCACCCGGCGGGCUCGGCGAGCGGGGAACUGGGCGCGACGGGCGGCGGGCCGCGCCUGUGGGUGACCACGCCCGCACCCUACGCGCCGGGCCCCGCACUCGGUCCGGCGCCCCCCUACGCUGCCCCCGGCAGCUAUGCGGCCCCCGGCCCGCUGCUCGGCGCCCCGGGUGGCCUGGCUGGCGGCGACCUGUCCUGGCUGGGCCUCCCGGGCCAACAGGAGCUUCUGCGGCUGGUGCGGCCGCCCUACUCGUACUCGGCGCUCAUCGCCAUGGCCAUCCAGAGCGCGCCGCUGCGGAGGCUGACGCUCAGCCAGAUCUACCAGUACGUGGCCGGCAACUUCCCCUUCUACAAGCGCUGCAAGGCGGGCUGGCAGAACUCCAUCCGCCACAACCUGUCGCUCAACGACUGCUUCAAAAAGGUGCCCCGCGACGAGGACGACCCAGGUAAAGGCAAUUACUGGACCUUGGACCCAAACUGCGAGAAGAUGUUCGACAACGGAAACUUCCGAAGGAAGAGGAAAAGGCGAGGCGAGGCGCGCGCGCCCGCGGGGUCCGGGAACCCACGGGAGACCCAGGCGCUGACGCUGUCGCCGGUUCGCGCUGCCUCCCCGGGCCCGCAGGCCUCGCAGUCCCCGCCCGCGCCCGAGCCCGCCUGCUUCUCCGGCUUCGCCUCGGCCAUGGGCGUGCUGACCGGCGGCCUUGACGCCUUCCCCGGGACUCUGGCGAGCGACUUCCCUUUCGGGCGGCCGGCAAUGAUCACCGGCCACGGUCCCCAAGCCCCUGGCACUGCGCCCGGCUUCGCCCCAGGCCACCAGACGGCGGCCACCGGCUUCCGAGUCAGUCACCUUGUCUACAGCCGGGAGGGGACCGAAGUUUGA